GUCCUAUUUAACUGGUGUUCAAGUUUUGUUCAAGGCAGACAGCAGCACGUCAAAUUAAAAACUUGUAAGUCUGAGUGGAAAGAAAUAAAAGCUGGAGUUCCGCAAGGUACCAAACUUGGUCCUCCGUUCUUUCUUAUAAUGGUCAAUGAUCUGUCCAGUGAAUUGCCUUUGUACAAGUAUGUUGACGAUUGUGCCAUCUCGGAAGUCGUUAGAGUAUGUGAACCGGAUCUACCAAAAUUACAGCAAGAACUUGACAACGUGACCCAGUGGUCAAGUGCGAACAACAUGAAGUUGAACGUUAAAAAGCUAAAGAUUUCACCCGGUCAUUUUUGA